AUGUCGAACAAUCGGGUGAGUAAGAACAAUCGGGUGAGUAAGAACAAGUUAAGGGGAAUAGCGAAGGGGCCGUUGACUCCCAGCCCGUCGCCGUGUAAUAAGCGUCAGUUGAAGCAGUAUAUCCUUUCUGUUGGUUCAAAGACGCGGCGCACCUGUGCACAGUGUGGUAUGUCUUACUUGGUGAAUUCGCCCAGUGAUGUUAAACUGCACGAUAAAUUCCAUAGGAUAUGUGUUGAUGGGCGUGAUUGGAACAUGAGACUGGGUGAGCCCCUGGAGUCGAUUUCUCAGAACGAGGCCAUCUAUAAAGUGGACUCCUCCAGACAAUAUGAAUGCAUCGGUGCUCUGGAGAUGCUGGACAUCGUCAACAAGGAAUUGAAUGCGCCGGACGAUAAUGAUUUUUGGACCUCUGGAGACUCAAAUGGAAGUGUCUAUGUCUACGUAAGGAACAAAGUUGCCGUUGGCAUCGUUUCAGUUGAGAGGUUCAACACCAACCCGGGCCACGGCAAGAAGGGCUAUUGGUUCAGCGUUGAAGAUGGACGUGUUGUUAGUCCUCAACCCCUGGACAUUCUCUGUGGAAUAUCAAGGAUCUAUGUGUGUCGUCGUUACAGAAGACACGGAAUAGCCAUCAAGCUAUUGCACGCCGUCCAAAGGCAUUUGAUCUAUGGCUUGGUCAUUCCGAGCUUGAAGAUUGCAUGGUCACAACCGUCAACUUCUGGAGGCCAACUGGCGAUGAGGUUCAACGGCAGAAUGCACAAGUCCGGCAAAGUACUGAUACCUGUAUACACAUGAAAGCUCGCUUGCUAUUAUCCAAGUGGUGG